AAGGCCGCGCUGAUAAGCGAGACCAGGCGGCGUUUCGAGGCGGAGUACCUGUCAGAUAAAUCAGAUAAAUACGAUUCUAGAGAUGUGGAAAGGCUUCAGCAAGAUGAUAAAUGGGUUGAAAAUUAUCUUAUUUGGCGGCAUGACGUUGUGGAUGAUACAUUAAAGAUGAUUCAUGAAAGCUUUCAGUGGAGGAAAGAAUAUACAGUUAAUGAUUUGUCAGAAGCUGUUCUUCCAAAAUGGUUAUUUGAAAGUGGUACUGUCUAUCUGCAUGGAUAUGAUAAAGAGGGCUAUAAAUUAUUUUGGUUCAGAGUGAAACAUCAUGUAAAAGAUGCUAAACAACAACUUGAUAAAAAGAAAGUGGUAGCUUUUUGGCUAGAACAUUAUUCCAAGAGAGAUCAUGGAAAGCCCUUAACAGUGGUAUUUGACAUGUCUGAAACAGGAAUCAGUCACAUAGACUUGGAUUUUGUUCGGUUUAUUGUCAACUGUUUUACAGAUUAUUAUCCAAAUUUCCUCACAAAGAUAGUGAUCUUUGAAAUGCCAUGGAUAAUGAAUGCUGCUUUUAAAAUUGUGAAGGGUUGGCUUGGCCCAGAUGCAAUAAGCAUGUUAAAGUUCACAAACAAGAGUGAUGUACAGGAAUACAUCAGUGGAGAAUAUCUGCCACCUCACAUGGGUGGAACUGAUUCUUUCAAGUACAGCUAUCCUCCAUUGGUUGAUGAUGAUUUUCAAACUCCUCUGUGUGAGAAUGGGCCCAUUACUAGUGAAGAUGAGCAUGAAAGUAAGGAAGAGAUAGAUACCAAGGAGACUGGGGAGCUGAAUGAAGAACAAAACCAUAAUCAGAAAAAGAUGAAUUCUGUAGAACAAAUUUCCAAAUCAGAGGAAACUGACAAAACAGAGUCCAAACCAAAAAAUGCAAAGAAAGCAUUAACUACUUUUAAAGGACCUUUAUUACAUAUCAGCCCAGCAGAAGAAUUAUAUUUUGGAUCCAAAGAAACUGGAGAGAAAAAAUGUUUGAUAGUUCUCACAAAUGUCACUAAAAACAUAGUAGCUUUUAAGGUAAGAACAACUGCUCCUGAAAAAUACAGAGUUAAACCCAGUAACAGCAGCUGUGAACCUGGCACAUCACUGGAUAUAAUAGUCUCUCUUCAUGGUGGUUUUGCAGCUUCUCUGCAGGAUCGUUUUCUUAUAAUGGCAGCAGAAAUGGACCAGUCUUCUGGAGUAAGUGCACCAGAACUGGCUCAGUUUUGGAAAGAAGUCCCUAGGACCAAAGUGAUGGAACAUAGGCUCAGGUGUCACAUGGUAGAAAGUAGUAAGCCUUCUUCUCUAACAUUAAAAGAGAAUGCAUUUAAUAUUCCAGCAAAAACUAAUGAAGAUUUACAUAUACAGCUAACUCAUUUACUGCAAAUUAAUAAAAGACUUCAAGAGCAGAUUGAUCGCUGCCUCUGGUUCCAGCAGUUGUCUGUUGUUUUAUCAUUACUAUCUAUUACUGUCGUUGCCUUCUGCUUCUACCUGGUAUAUACCCAGAGAAGCUAAAAAGAGCUGCUGUGCACUGGAUGUGCUGCCUGUCGUGGUUGGUUGGAGUGGAAGGGAUUGCAGUGCUGCGUUCGGAUUCUGGAACUGCCAAAAUGAGGUUCGUGAGCCCACAACAGUGAA